AGAACUAAUUUGUAUAGGUUACAAGAUGCCUUAUUGCUGCGUAACAAAAUGUUCCAAUUCUUGGAAAAAAGGUUAUUCCUUACAUCGCAUCCCAAGAAAUACAAAAAGAAGAGAACAAUGGAUUCAAAACAUUGGUCGACAUGAUUUGGAUGCAUUAAAAGACUGUUUUGUAUGUGAGGAACAUUUUUUACCCGAAAUGUGGGAAAAAGUACGUGUUGAUGCCAAGAAAAAGCUGAAAAGUUGUGCAGUUCCAACUAUUUUUAUGCAGAAAGAAAUUGUUUCUGCUACAUCAAAUACUGAAAUUGAUAUUACGGAAAAUAAUAAAGUGGACAAUGAAAAAUGUUUGUCUGAUGAUUUGAUAGAGGAAGACGUAUUUAAGGAAACAGAAGCAGCUAUAAAUAAUACAGAAAUAGAGCCAAUUAAUACAUCGCCAGUGUCAACGCCAAUUUCAGACUCAUUGAUAUGUGUGCCAUUUCAAAUUGGUAAUCCUGAGAAAAACUUUGAAGAAGCAGAAUUAAAAGUUCAAAAAGCAUUAUUAGAUGCUACACAGGCCAAAUUACGACAAGUGGAAACAAAAUUUCAUCAAGCAAAUAUGAUACUAAGUAAAUCAGAAAAGUCGCAGAUAAUAAUGAAAAAAAGAAUAAAAAGACUUAUGUAUGAAAGAAGAAAAUUAUUAGAAGAGAAUAGUAAUUUAAAGGCUAGAUACAAAAGAAUAUUUAACGACGACCAAGUUGCAGCUCUCUGCAAGAAAUCCAUGCGCGGUAAAAAAUGGUGUUCUGCUACUAUCAAAAAAGCUAUUCGCUUAAGAUUAUCUUGCGGUAAUAAUGGUUAUAAAGAAUUACGGAAUCAGGAUAUUCCUUUACCAGCAGAGCGUACUCUUCGAAGAAAAAUUGAGAACAUAGACUUUGAACCCGGUAUUUGUAAUCAAACGUUUGACAUAUUACGUAACCACAUUUUAAAUUUUACCGAUAAUCGAGAGAAAGAUUGCAUGCUCGCUAUUGACGAGAUGAGCAUUACUGCAGGACAACAAGUUGAUAUAGCAACAAAUUCACAUUUUGGUUUAUCGACGUUGCCAGAUAGAUCAGGCCAAAUUAAAGAAGCUACUCACAGUUUAGUUUUUAUGCUUGGAGGAAUUUUUACACGUUGGAAAAUGGUUAUAGCUUAUUUUCUUACACCAGAUAGUAUUGAUGGUGCUAUUUUGAAACCUGUUAUACAAGAGAUUAUUGAAAAAGCAGAAUCUAUUGGUCUAUACGUUCAUAGCGUAACUUCUGAUAUGGGUCCUGUUAAUCUAAGUAUGUGGAGAGCAUUUGGUGCUAUUGGCAGCAACAGAUCCAAAGUCAGAAAUUACAUACCUCAUCCUGUUAACAGUAAUCGAAAACUUUUUUUUAUUGCUGAUGCUCCACACUUACUAAAAAACUUAAAGUCUACUUUAUUAAAUAAUAAAGUCAUUGAAUUGCCCAAAACAUUUGUUGAUUGCAUAACUUAUCAACAGCUGUUGUCGAAUGUGCAGACUUAGAUGAAU